UAGGUGUGCGACAACGAAACGCACACCAGUUUUUCCUCUCUGUCUCUUUGACAAAGCUGUAUGUGUUUACUCAGGAGGUUCUCCAGGGUACCUGAUAUACCCUUUUCUUUCCUUAUUAGGGAGUUUGGCGGGAUAAAUUAGGGAGCAAGACGCAAUGGCGUCGCUCCUGAUGCGUUUAUUUCGUGUGGGUGCAGAGAAGAAGAAGAUUCAGCACUAUGAGCACCUGCGCAGGGACGUGGACCCACGUCAGACCUGGGACACGCUCGGAGAACUCGGGGAUGGAGCGUUUGGCAAAGUAUAUAAGGUUCAAAACAAUGAACGUGGUAUGUUAGCAGCAGCUAAAGUUAUAGGUGUUCACGGUGAGGAUCAGGUGCAGGAUUACAUCACUGAAAUCAACAUCCUGGCAACCUGUCGCCAUGGCAACAUCAUCACCCUGCUAGACGCUAUCUAUUUUGAAGGAUGGUUAUGGAUCAUCAUUGAGUUUUGUCCUGGCGGAGCGCUGGAUGACAUCAUGUUGGAGCUGGAGCGUGGCCUCUCAGAGCAGCAGAUCAGUGAGGUGUGUUUCCAAUCCCUGCAGGCUCUGUCUUACCUGCAUCAGCACCACAUCAUCCAUCGAGACCUGAAAGCGGGAAACAUUCUGCUCACUAUGGAGGGCAACAUCAAACUUGCUGACUUUGGAGUUUCAGCAAAAAAUGACUACACCCUCCAGAGACGAUCGACUUUCAUCGGGACGCCAUAUUGGAUGGCACCAGAGGUGAUCAUGUGUGAGACAUCAAAGGAGAAUGCGUACUCAUAUAAAUCUGAUAUCUGGUCUCUGGGCAUCACGCUGAUUGAGGCAGCUGAGAUGGAGCCUCCACACCACAAUCUGAACCCCAUGAGAGUGCUGCUGAAGAUCACCAAGUCUUCUCCACCCACACUGACCAAUCCUCGUAUAUGGUCAAACCAUUUUCACGAUUUCCUUAAGAGGACGCUACAAAAAAACCCUGAGUCACGAUGGGGAGCACAGCAACUCCUCGCUCACCCAUUCUCAUAUGCUGGCCGGAACGGACAAUCCCUCAAGGAGCUUAUUGCUGAGGCUAAAGCAGAGGUCACUGAGGUCAUAGAGGCAGAGUCUCUCUUAGAUCUGCAUUUGUCUGUGAAUGAACCGUCAACCCUCACCGAAGCAGCAGUAAUUCAGGAUCAGGCUAAAACUCCAGAGCCAGAAAUCCCUCUGACACCUACAUGUGAAGAACCUCCUGAGAUUCCUACUAAUCCUGAGUCGAACAAAAUCCCCAAAGUGACACGUCGGGCAUCUGGUGCCUUAGAUAAGGCACAGAAAAGAGUCAGGCGUCUAUCUGUUCCAGGAAACUUGCUAUCGUUUCUGAGUCGACGUAAAUCAGGAAUCUAUUCUGAUGAUAUGAAAAAUCUGGUGAAUCAGGAACAACAUGAAGCCAUUGUCAGCCACCGUGAAGCUGCAUCAGCUUUAAGUCCACAAGAAACAGAGGAGAAAAGGACGGAAAACGAGGACAAACAUGAGGAGCUAAGAGAUGGACCUCCUCAGAGCCAGGAUAAACCCUCUGAAGUAACAGAAGAAAAGCCCAUAGAGCCAGAGAGUGACAUGGAGAGCAAGGACAUUAAUGCAAACAGUUGCAAAGAUGCAGAAAUUCAACAGAAAGAGGAUUUAUGUACACAGGAAACACUACAGGAUCAAGAAGUCAGGAAUAGUCCAAAUGCUGAACAAUCUAAAGACGAGCAAACUUUCUGGCGAUGUCUUGGUGAACCGGUAGAAAAAGACAAUAAUCUUGGAGCAGCUGAUUUGCAAAAUGUUCCGAUUGACACGUUAUGUUUGGAAACCUUGCACUUUAACAGGAAGCAUAAAACUAAAGAGAGAUGUUUGCUUGAUUAUCUGGAUUUAGCUGGAGCUUCUAAAUUCCCGACAACAACAACAGUGGAGUUAAUCAGAAAGCCAGUUGUGGAACUGUGUGUUCCUGGUUCUGGGGAAAGGACAAGCGAGGACGAGACACACACAGUUGUGGAACUCUGUGUUCCUGGUUCUGGGAAAAAGACAAGCGAGGACGAGACACACACAGUUGUGGAACUCUGUGUUCCUGGUUCUGGGAAAAAGACAAGCGAGGACGAGACACACACAGUUGUGGAACUGUGUGUUCCUGGUUCUGGGGAAAAGACAAGCGAGGACGAGACACACACAGUUGUGGAACUGUGUGUUCCUGGUUCUGGGGAAAAGACAAGUGAGGACGAGACAGGGAGUGUAAUGCAGGAGAAUUUGAAAGAAGAUGGAGAAGGACAAGAUGAUGCUAAAGAGGAGGAGGGAGUUAAGAUAGCUGAGGAUGGAGGCAAAGAUGAAGAAGAGGUAGAUGUUAGGGAAAAAGAAACAGAAGAUGUAGAAACAGUGAAGGAGUCUGAGAAUGCUGAAAAACCAGAGCUUACGGCUGAUUCAAAUGAAGACGAAACGCCACAAGAUGAAAAUCAGCAAGAAUCAGAACUGAAAGAAGAAACUGUGCAAGAUGAACCAUCUAAAAUUGAACUGAGGAAAGAAGAUUCACCGGAAGAGAAGGAGUCCAGGCAUGAAAAAAGCCUCGAGGAGAUCCAGAGUGUGGAGAACAGACAUGAGACGGAGGAGGUAAAAACUGACCAAUCAGCUACACCUAGCAAUCUCACAGAGCCUGAUAUUCAAAACGAAUUACCUGCAAAUGACUCAGCAGAAACAUCAGACAUUCAAACUGACGCUAUAAACGAUAUCCAGCAAGCAGAAGUGAGCUCAGAAAAGAUCAAUGGUGUUGCUUUAGACAAUAAAGUUACCAAAACCACCAAGCAGGUUAGCUUUGCACAUGAGCCCGAGCAAGUGGAAUUGGGCGAAAAGUCACACAGCAUCCUGAACGGCAACUCGAACACGGAAGCACCUGACGCAGAGUCAAAUGGUUUACUACAUCAUAACGAUGAGUCAGCGAGUUCAGCAAAAAAUGAAACGAAUUUACCUCCAGGCCGAAAAACCGUGAAGAAAACACGGAAAUUUAUGGUGGAUGGCCGUGAGGUGAGCGUCACCACGUCAAAAGUGAUCAGCGAGAAAAAUAAUAAAGAAGAGCAGAUGCGCUCAAUCAGAAGGCAAGAGUUGCAUGCUCUGAAACUGCUGCAGCGAGAGGAGCAACGAGAGUUUACACAGCUGGAACAGAAACUGCAGCAACAGAGAGAGAUGAUGUUCCGCCAUAUUGAACAGGAAAUGACUAGUAAGAAACAGUACUAUGAUAGUGAACUGCAGCGUCUGGAAAAACAGUAUGAACAGCAGAGCCAAAAAAUGGAGACUGAGCACACGGCACGUCUCCGAGAGGAAGCACGACGUCUUAAAUCUCAGCAAGAGAAAGAGCUCCGAGGGCUUAAGAUGGACCCUAAAGAGGAGCAACGUUUCCUGCAGAAGCAGCAGCAGGAGCUGAAUGAAGCGUUACAGAAAGCUGUACAGGAACACAAGAGGAAAGUGGCUUCCAUGGAGUGGGACAUCACUGUCAAAUCUCAGCAGCUUAAGAGAGCCCGUGAGUCAGUAAUCUGGGAACUGGAACAGCGCCAUUUGCAGGAGAAAUAUCAUUUAUUUAAGCAGCAAGUGAAGGAGCAGUACUCCUUACAGAGACAGCAGCUUAGCCGGAGACACAGCAAGGAUGUGGACCGCGUGUCCCGAUUCCAGCAGGGCCUAAUAGAUGAGCAGAAGUCUUCUCAGGCUCAGGAAAGAGCUCAAGUCCAAAGGGCCCAACGUGCCGAAGUCAAAAGUCACCUAAACCGGGUCAGGCAAGAUCUGAGGAGGCAGGGGUUGAGCGGGGCUGAGCAGAGACAGAAACUCACACAGGUCAUGUCGGAGGAGGAGAUCAGGCAGAAGCAGGAGUUCAAGACUCUGCAGGAGACUCAGGAGAUCCAGUUAAAGGAACUGCAAGAUCAGUGCGACUUCAACAUCACCGAGCUCCAUCAGCUACAGAAUGAGAAACUGCAGGUUCUGGUGGAGAUGGAGAAGAAGAAGAUCAAAAGGCUGGAAGAUGAGCACACACUAGAACUGAACGAGUGGAGAGAUAAACUAGCCUGCAGGAAAGAGGCACUGGAAGAAGACUUGGCUCGGAAAAAGAGGGAGUAUGAGGGAACAAGAAGACGAAGUGAACCAGAAGCGCGAUUUGGUCGACGUGCCAGAUUCUUCCCAAACCUCAGUUUUAACUGAACAACUCAGUGUGUACAUGUGUUUAUGUGUUUACAGAUAUAUGUUUUAAAUGCACUCUGAGCAUUGGCAAUGUCCUCUUUUAUAAACAUUGAGCUGCAUUUGUCCCUUAAUGUCAUGAAAGCUAGUGUGCAGUGUGGGUGAGCAUUAUGUACCACACAUACUGUAUAUAAUGCAUUAUGCUCAGAUAGAUGGACAGAAGAUGGUCAGACAGGACGGCAAAGAAAUAGAGAGAGAGAGAGAGGCAGACAGAUUGACAGAAGUGAGAGAUAUAAAGCAGUUCUAAAAUAAAACAAGCUGGCACACAUAUAAACUGACAUAAAGAUAGAUUAAAAAUCUGACAGAUAGAGCAUAAAAAGAGAGAUAUACAUAAACUUAUAUAGAAUUAGGGACAGACAGACAGACAGAAACAGACAGAUCACCAACAGUAACACAUUUAUAUAUAACACUGACUAACAUAUAAACAAUCGUUCUUCUCCUGCUUUAACUAUACUGUUCAAAAAUUGAAGGGAACAUUGAGUUCUGGUUUGCGUUAAAACAUACAGUACAUACACAUCUGAGUUGUGUUCAAGUCAAACUGGGAGUAUAGCAGUAUAUAUAUAUAAAUAUAUGCUUGAUAUACAAGAAACAUUUUACUUAAAAAUUAAUAAAAAGUCACAUCCAUCAGCCCUACUGUACGCUUUAGCACACAAGAGAUGACUUUUACUUGUAUAAUGUAAAUUUAGUAAAUAUUAAAUAUAUGUGUAUAUAGGUGUGAAUGUGCGGGGGGAGGGGGGGAUACACUGAAUGUAAAUAACCCAUGUUUUUUCCACAGUUUUUUCGUAUUUCUGUUUUCUAUUUACAUGUACCAAAGCUGCACCAUGUACAGUACAGUUUAUAGUGAAAAAGUUUAUAUCAGUAAAAAUGUCAAAAUGAUAUGUGACCAUCAAUUUUACUUGGAGGCUGACACAUGUUAAUUUUGAUCAAUUUCCAUUUUCAUUGAAUAACUCUCAUUGAAUAACUCCCAAUGAGUGGAUCCCAAUGGAAAAGGAAAAAAUUAAUGAUUUUUUUUUAUGUAAUGAUAUACAGCUCAGGUGCUACUAUUCUGUCAAUAGAAAAAAAAUAUCAAUCUGAGUCUGGGAUAUUUUAAAUUUUAUACCAAGUCAAAUCUGUGAAGCAAUACUGUUUACACUAGUAACAUUUAUUUUUAUAAUACUGGUAUACAUAUAUAUUAUGGCUGUCAAAAUUAAUGUCUUAAUGUUUUAAAUAAAUGGGGAUUCAUUAAAAUAUCAAAAUAAAACACUUUUUUUUUCAUUUUAACUGAUGAGUUACUGUACAUAAAAAUUCUCCACAUACAAUUGAGGAGAAAUCUAGCUAUGGAAAAAUAAAGUCGUGGCCACAACAUAGUAACUUGUUUCCACAUCUUAGUAAGUCAUGGCCACAACAUUCUGUAGUG